UAAUGCCAGUUGUCAAAAAUACGAAGUGUCAUCGUCAAUCCAAAUAAUAAUUUUGUGUUUUUGCGUUUCAAAUUACGUUCAAAUUAAUUAUAACGUUUAUUUAUCUACCUACUGAUAAAUGAUGAAUGCUGAGAGUGUAAUAGGAGAUGGGACACAGAGAGAGGCGGGCCCGGUGCCCACCACGCUCCCAGUCAACCACCGCUUCGUGGAGCCAGAGAAGGCUGUCAAGACCAUCACAGACAUGGCCAUUUGGGAAAAGUCCGAAGCUUACAUGGAGUAUACUGGCUUUAUUGCCACUCUCAAUGAAGCCAUAAAAGGAAAACCCCUAUCAGUAGAUUGUAAAGUAUCUGAAAAUGUGAACAAAGUUAUGGACAUGCUUGACAAAAUUGAACAGAUGAUAGAGGAGUUUCCUCCUGUAGAGCAGCCUCAGAGGUUUGGCAACACAGCAUUUAGAGAAUGGCUUGCAAAAAUUAAAAGCAACACAACUAUGAUCCUUCAAGAAAUGUUAGAUCUCAAACUUCAUUUAGCAAUCCCAGAAAUUAAAGUGUACUUAGAAGAAAGUUUCGGUAAUGCAACUAGAAUUGACUAUGGAACAGGACAUGAGAUGUCAUUUGUUAUGUUUUUAUGUUGUCUGUACAAGAUUGGGGCUCUGCAAGCUGAUGAUAAUGUAGCAACAGUCUUUAUGAUUUUCAACAAAUACAUAAAGAUAGCAAGGAAACUACAAAAAACAUACAGAAUGGAGCCUGCAGGGAGCCAUGGUGUUUGGAGUUUGGAUGAUUAUCAAUUUAUACCUUUUAUUUGGGGUAGUUCACAACUAGUCGACCAGCCAAAAAUUUAUCCACCUGUGAAGUUCCUUGAGGAAGAUAUUAUUGACAAAUAUGCUGAUGAGUAUAUGUUCUUGUCAUGCAUCAAGUAUAUUAAAGAAGUUAAAACUGGUCCAUUUGCUGAGCAUUCUAAUCAGUUAUGGAGCAUAAGUGCAGUUGGUUCAUGGCUGAAAAUAAAUCAGGGCCUUAUUAAAAUGUACAAAAAAGAAGUCUUGGCAAAGUUUCCAGUCAUUCAGCAUGUCCUUUUUGGGUCCUUACUGCCAAUCCGUAGAUUCCCCAUCAGUCACUAAGAAAUUGAAUUUUUGUUGUGUUUGUUCACACACAUCCUGUAUAUUGUCUCAUAAUUUUACAAAUGUUGUGUAUUAACAUGAAUCUGUAUAAACCAGUAUUAAAUGUGCAAUUUGUAAAGGAAUUGCAGUAGCGUUGUAAUAUCACAGCCCAUGUUGCGUCCUAUAGCGCGUCUAUGUCAUAGACAUUAGAAAAAUAACUAAAAAAGAUGUUAUUAAAGUCACAGUUACAAUGAAUGACUACACGCGCCAUAAUGUCGCAAAAGGCUGUAAGACAAUAUGAAUGAAUAAAUAUAUUUCAUUAUGAACUGAUUUAUAUAUUGCCCAAAUAUUGUGAUACUAAAAAUUUAUAAAUUAUUAAAGGUUUGAACAAAGAAAACUUAAAUUAUUGAAUAAAAAAGUUUGAAGUA